AUGAAUCCACCAACACACGAUACCAAUGGCGCAUGCUCAAUUACAUGUGGCUCGUCAGCCACACGAAUCAGGUAUGCCGACGCGAAGCCUCGCGUUGAACUUGAACAUACUACGAAGAGGGAAAAUGCGCCUGUUUCUUUAUCGCCCGUCGAGCAACCCUCUAUUUCAGCUUGUGUUGUGCAAUCGCCUUGGCCAGUAAAGAGUUCAAUAUCGCGCUUUCCAGGUGCAGAUACAUCAUCGACGAACCAGGUCAAGAAUUGCGGGACCUGGAAGGCCCAUUUCAAAGAGCCACACAACAAAAGUGCGCCAGAGCCUCAUUCGCGUGCGCGAAAGAGCUCAAUCGGUGGGCUUGUUGGUUCGCCACAUCCACGAAAGUGUGGCACAAUCGAACCAGAAAAGACUUGUCGACGUCAUCGACUUUCACCGGCUGUGAUUCCUCAUCUACAUGGCCAAGUCGGGGACGAUGAUGAAAACGGAGAUGAAGACAACGACGACAAUGAGGGCGAUGACGACAAUGAGGGCGAUGACGACAAUGAGGGCGAUGAUGAUGACGUCGAUGACGAUGAUGACGAUGAUGAGGACGAUGAUGAGGACAACGGUGACGAUGAUGACGAUGACGAGUAUAAUCGGGCUGCCGAGGGAGGCGGAUCAAAGACAGUGUCUAAUUCUUCAAUCCUGUUACAUGGUGCUCGCAAGUCGAAUGUCACUAGCAUUCUGGAAUCUAAAGAAUCUCAUCAUGCGCUAACUCGAGCAGAAAAUGACCGUCCAUCAAUUUGUCGCCGUGGCUGCCUUGCUUUUGUUGAAGCCCCUGUAUGUCGUCGAUCGGUGGCACAUGAAAGGUUGCUUGAUACAAAAAAUACCUCCUAUACCCAGCAGCGAUCACACACAGCGCCACUCGUUAUCAUGGAGCGCGCAAAACCACGUCGAUCCAUGUCUCUUACACUAAAUGAGCAUGACGCAUCAGACCCAUGUUCUACAUGGGUCGAACAGGGCCUAGAAGUGGAUGAUGCAUAUCCGUGUCGGGAACACAGGACUGGUCAUAGUCUUGACCCGAUUACGGCAUGGACGGCUCCUGCAUCGCGACAGUCAUACUCGCUGCGGCACAAUAUGCAUCCUCCGUUAUUACGUGCUUCCAGCACGCCUGGCCAUGUUUUUACGUCCCUCACACCGCCCAUGCCAUCGCCUGAGCACGACAAGACCGAAGAACUUGCCUUGGUGGCCGAGCGUUUGUUAUUACAUCAAGAGGACGAGACAGACAUAUCGGAGCACGCGUCAGGCCAGGCGGCAGAUGACAGUGACAAUGAUGACGGCAGUGUUGAAGAUGAGUCUCAAAGUCCGUCUUCGAUUAGUAUGACUCCCCGCACCAUGUCGUUUUAUCGUGAUCCUCAUGCUACGGCGCGGUCAAGUCCUUGGCCUCGGAGUUUGCAUGCGAGUGUCACGCCUGUUCCUCGCCCACUCAAUGUGGCCCAUCCGCCAGAGUCAAAGCCUCGGGCCUACUCUGUCUCGGGUGCCCAGAUCUCGACGCCCAGUUUCGUGUCAUCUCAUCGACCAUGCGUCCAGCCAUCAUGUAUCGCUGUGAGUGACGGGCACCUGCGCUCGCCUCCGAUGGCUGCUAUCGACUGUCAACACGUCCAGGUUGGGUCCCCACCCUGCAGUACAUGCCACCCUCAGCCACUAUCUCGCUAA